AGAAAAAAAUUCUAUAUUUCUAACAGAUUAGGCUACAUAUUUAUUGUUAUGUAUCCAUUAGAUUUCUAACAAAUACAAACUCAUUCAAAAAACAGCUAAUUCAAAGUCAGCCUUCACCUUCAGUCACGAGUUCAACAAGGCCACACAGAGUCUGAUGAGUUUUUUUUAUCAUCUUAUAUCAUACAAAUAUUAUAUGUCAACCAGAAAAACAAAAUAGCUGUGUUAUAUUCAUAAUAUGUUCAUGUAUGACUGAGGUGACAGUUAUAUUUACAAUAAAUAGCCUAUUUGCAGUUCUGUAGUCUGUUCGUCCUCAGAAGAAGAAGAAGAAAAUGUAUUAAAUGUCAUUAUUAUACACAGCUUUUACAGUCUUAAUAGCCUAUAAAACAUAUAUUUUCACUCGUGUUUCUUCCCGUCAUGUUGACAUUUUGUUCCAAACGUGUCUUCCCGUAAAGCAAAAACAAAUCACUGAUUUCUCCUUAUCCACAACAAUGUAUGGAAUACCACAGAAUUCCCAUCUAGGGGCCGCUGUGUGGUGGGAGGAGCGGAAGUUGAGGAAGUCGUGUAAUAGAUCGGGGAAUGAAGAGACCGUGUUUGUUCCAACGGUGCGCCGCUCCAGAGUUCAGGAAGCGUCAGUAAAACCAUCCUGAUACUGAACACACACACUCGCUGGCGCGCACUUAUCAGGACUGUGACUCGGGACUGGAUCAGGACACUUCUGCAUUAUGCAUUCGGACUGCAGGCUGCUGGGAUGGACGCGUCGGUAAUGGUGGGCAGAGGGACCGGAGGGGCUGCGGUCUUCAUCCUGAUCGGCUUCAUCUUACUCCUCGGUGCCAGAAGCUCGCGGGCGCAGAAGGGGGACGGCUGUGGACACACAGUGCUGGGUGUGGGCAGUGGGAGCCUGGCGUCUCUGGGGUACCCUCUGUCCUAUCCCUCAAACUCUGUGUGUGAAUGGGAGAUCAGCGUGACCACCGGACACACAAUCCUUGUGCGCAUUGCGGAUCUUGACAUAGACACAAACAACUGCCAAGUUUCUUACUUGCGAUUCUAUAAUGGCCACGGACCAGGGCGAAUGGAAAUUGUGAAGUUUUGUGGAGGGAAAGAAUGGAGAGACGCUGUCAUACAGUCGGAGGGGCAUCAGGUCACAGUGCAGUUCAUGAGUGGACCACACAACAACGGUCGUGGCCUCUUCCUCUCCUACACCAAAAGUCAGCACACAGACCUCAUCACCUGUCUGGAAAAAGGAGAGCACUUCAGUGAAGCAGAGUUCAGUAAAUUCUGUCCUGCUGGAUGUCUGACUGAUUUCGGAGAGGUUUCGGGAACCAUACCGCAUGGCUACAGAGAUUCUUCUCCUCUCUGUCUGGCCGGUGUUCAUGCGGGUGUGGUCUCCAACACUCUGGGGGGGCAAAUCAGUGUGGUCAGCAGCAAAGGCAUCCCACACUACGAAAGCUCACUGGCCAACAAUGUGACAUCUGUGCCUGGAAAUCUCUCCCCAAGCCUCUUUACUUUCAAGACUAGUGGUUGCUAUGGCACUUUGGGUUUGGAGUCGGGGGUGGUCAGUGACUCUCAGAUCACAGCCUCCUCAGAGUGGGAAUGGGGCGGUCACGGAAAGGAGCCCACUGUCUGGGGCCCCACAGGGGCUCGCCUCAAAACACCAGGACGUCCGUGGGCAGCAGCCAACAGCGACACAAAAGAAUGGAUUCAAGUGGACUUAAAGAAGGAGAAAAAAAUAACAGGUAUUACCACCACUGGCUCCACCCUCCAAGAAUAUCAGUUUUACGUUUCAGCCUAUGAGGUGUUAUAUAGCCAUGAUGGACAGCAGUGGAAACCCUAUCAAGAAGUUGGAUCAGAUAAAAAUAAGAUUUUCCAAGGCAACACCAACUAUCUCCAGGAAGUGCGGAACAACUUUAUUCCUCCAAUUGAAGCACGCUUCAUCCGAAUAUGUCCCUUGCAGUGGCACCAGAGGAUCGCCCUUAAAAUGGAGCUACUGGGCUGCCAACCUCAUGCAGGUGAGACUAAUCAGAGAAUUCGGACUCUGAUUCGGCUAAUUAGCUAUGCUAAGCUUGAUUGGAUCUCUUUCUGUUGGUUAGCGAGGCCAAGAAUCUUCCAUCCAGCCCCUCCUCCCCCUCGCAAAAAAAGCACAGUGCCCCCCCUACAGGAGAGGACAACACACACACCCAACAUUCGAAACACUACUAUGCCUCCGCACUCUCAUGAUGAGGUGGCGCUGGUGGCAGUGUUGGUUCCAGUAUUGGUGGUUGUUCUGACAACGCCUGUGUUAGUCAUGGUGUGCUCGUGGCUGUGGAAGAACAGAAAAAGCCCAGAGGUGACUUAUGACCUUCCACACUGGGAGCGCACAGUGUGGUGGAAGAGUAUGAAACAGUUGCUGCCCUCUAAGUUGGAUGGAGAAGACUGUGUUCGUUACAGUUCCACGGCAAGAGUGGACCACCAGAGACCCCAGGUGGAGCCUGCAGAAUACGCCCAACCACUUGUCACCGGUACUAUGGCCUCUCUUGGACAAAGGUCAACGUUUAAGCCCGAAGAAGCUGAUGUCCCUGAGUAUGAUGCUCCUAUUCCCCCUGAACAUUACCAUGCUUACGCUGAGCCCCUUCCUGCAUCUGGCAUUGAAUACGCCACGCCAAUCAUGAUUGACAGGGCUAACCACCUAUCAGGAGGCACUCUACCAUUCAGGGGGCGUGGUUUAGUGGCUCGGACAGACAGCAGCCAAUCAGCAAGCUCAGCCUAUGACACACCCAAGAGCACAUCUGAUCAAGCCACACCCACAGAGGGACAGUUGUACCAAGUGCCACAGAAUACCCACAAUGCACCGUGUCAGAAAAAAGACUGACCAAUCGCAGAAGAGCGGACCCUUUUGGAAGCCCACGGCUGAACACUACCUUUCCCAGAAAUCUGCAGAUCAGAUCAGUAUGUGCCGUCUCAAAUUGUAUGCCGCGCAAGUCCUAUCACUGAAAUAACACACAGGAAUGUCAGGAGAGAGAGAACAGCAGAGAUCUCGUUACACUACUGUGUUUUGUGGGUGUUUUGUGUGUUCAUACGUCUAAAUGUGUGUGUACGAGUGCAUAUAUGUGACUGUGCUCUGCUAUCAAACUGUGAGUCCUUAGAUAUCUGUGCAUUUUUCUGAGAGCGGAGAUGUAUUCGUCUCGAUCGCUCGUUGUAAGGCACAUUUUUCCCUUUAGGCAAAGAUAUUUUCAACAAAACCGCCCUCACGCAGAAUAACAAAUGAUCGCAUUUCAAAUGAAUAGACAAACACUCUCAUAACACUGUGAUUCACUGUCAUUUUGCACUGUUGUAUUGUAUUCUGCUGUUACAUAGGUGCCUUCUUUGUGACAUAGCAACACAAGCCUGUGCUGGUUUCUCUAGUUCUGUUCCAAAACCUGGUGAGUUAACUUUCUAUCUAUACUGCCUACAUAAACAGCUGCCUUAAGGCCCUUAACAAUGCAGCAUACCAACUUAUAGGGGUGCACAUCUGACAUUGGUUUUCUUAGCCAGAGAUACAAUGUUUUCGAUCUGGUUACAGUUUAAUAGAUUAAGGGCCUGCGAUUGAUCUAUAAAUAAUACGAUAUUAUGUGCCUGUUUUAAUUUUUUUUUUUAUUCAACUCACAAAUGCAGCCAAAAUACAAUAAUUGAACUCUGAAAAUGGCAAAUUUUGUAUCUUCAACAAAAAAAUCAAGUCACCUAAUGACAACUCAUCAUUGGCUUGUGCAAUGAUUUAAACCAUGACAACAGUCAAGAAAGUCUUUCAGUCUUCUGUGCAAAUCUAGUGUUCUAAAUUCUAAAUUAGGUACUCAGUUGUUGAAACAAUGUACUGUACUUGUACUGGGGGAAAAAAUCUAAAAUUCAGUUUAUAACAGUCAAACAAGUGUUCUAGUAUAUCUUAUAGAUAUAUAAAAAUAUAUAUAAUUUUUUUUCCUGUGUUGCAUCGAUGCACCGUAUCAUUAGUCACUGACUUAAAGCUUGAAUACAAAACUUUUGUCUUGAUUUUUGCCCCAAUUUACAGUCUGGACAAAUCCAUGCUAGUUGCUGAAAUUCAGUCAGUCUGCAGAUUUGAGGUGACUGAUUUCACAUAAAAUCAUAAUGUACGACGACCACAGACUGCCAGGGAUGCCCAGUUUUUCCUUUCUAACCGAAGUUAGUAAAUAUAUGAUGCCUAGUGUUUAAAAUCUGUUCAGAUUUGAAAAGUCCUAUAGUCUUAUCCAGCUAGUAUGUUACUAGCUAAUGGUUAGCAUGUUGCUAAGCUAACACCUCAGCACCUAAGCACAAAAAUACAUUUUACAGAAAUAUUGGGCAAAACUGUCAGUUUUUACGUAUAUUUAACUAGUUAGACUAUAGUUUUCAUUAUUGAAUGACGUGGUUAUUUAUAAUCAUCAAAGUAUUUGUCUCCACUUGGAUGAAUUUUUUCACUGAACUCAUUGCAAUGCAGUCUGCUUUUUGGGGGAGAACAUUUGAUGCCGUAAAAUGCCGUGUUGCUAGGUAGCUCACAAGGUUUUGGAACAGAUGAUGGUUGUGUGCAUUGUUCAGUCAAGUCUGAAUAAAUUUAAGUAGGAUGGACUGACAAACAUUUAUUCAGCACAGGAACUAGCAAGGCCUUUCUUAAAAAUAAUGGUACAGCAAUGGUGCUGGUGCUGCAUUUUCAAUUUCCAUGGAAAAGUCCUCUGUGCAUGACUGAACAUAGACAUUCAUGCCAAAUAUAUUAUUAGUCAUGCACGUCAAAACCUGUGCCACGCAAAAAUCCAUUUUAUUUUUCCUGCUGAUGUGUCUUGUGUUAAUACUCCCAAACCACUAACAGGUCGAGUUUAAGCUACCAAGCAUGCACUGCUUCCAUAGUUACACUGUCCUAAUGGAUACUUUACCAAAUGUGACCCUUUUAGCGGUCAAAGGUUAAAGAGCAAAACACAGGAUGCCGACAUUCUUGCCUAUAACAGGAUUCACUCUGUGCCAAGUUCUCUAUAUAUCUUUUUUUUAUUGUUGACUUGAAGACCAAACAACCUGAUGGAUAAUCAAUCCAAGCAUAUUAUCCAUUUGAUUUAAUGUUAUCAGACCAAACAUUGCCUCACGCUAUGGAUUUUGGAUACCAGGAUGUUGCAUGUUCAAAGUCAAAAUAGUACACUGUUAUGUUUGUCAUUUACUACAACAUUAUAAGUCAUAUUUCGGUACUUGCAUUAGUUUACUGGCUUAAAGCAAUGUCCACAGUGGUGGUGCUAUGGACAUGCCUGUAUGUUUCAGUGUCUUUGUGUGUUUAAAAGUGUACCAGAUUCAGUUGUGUAUGUGCAUGUCUGCUUGUAGUUCUUGAAAUCUUAUAAGAGUUCUAUGUAAUGUGUUUAUGUGCACUGUAUCCACAAGCCUGUGUGUGUGUGUGUGUGUGUGUGUUCAUGUGUGUCUGCCGUUCACUGUACAUCUGUCUCUAAAUAAUGAUUGGUACUGUAGAUUGAUUGUAAAGAAAAACAAUUUUAAAAUGUCAAAUUGAAUUUUAUUAAAAUAAAAUGUAAUUACAAAAAUCAGGCAGCUGGAUUAAUUAAUAGUUUUGUAUCCUAGACUUCAAAUUUAUUCAGCAGUGCUAUUUUUUAUUUUUACUCCUUUACUAUUCACAUUAAUAUAUCAAAAUAUAAACACACAUUAUUAAUAUGACCCAAGCAGCUGAAAUCCCAAAGCAUAUUAACAGAUUUGAGCUUCAAAAUGUCUUUUUUUUUCAACAUCAAAAUUUCAUUUUAAAAUGUAUAUAAAGAUGUCCGCUGAAAAUUAUAUUUUGUACACAAAGACAUAAAUUAUUUUUCAAUAUUUUAAAUACAAACUAUAUUGAACUUCAUUCAAAUAGUUUUGCAGUGACAAAUUGUUUUUAAAGUACAAAUUCCAUGUAGUCCCUCAAUUAAUAUAUGGAUAUAAUGCACGUGUAAUAAUUAUGAAAAUUAUAAAACACUUGUCACACUUUGAUAUGUCAUCUACUAAACAAAUUUAUCAUAAACAAUUAUUAAACAAUCAUAAACAAUUUAGACUGACAAAAGUCCUAAAAUGUCCUGCAAGUAGUAUUCUAGCGCCUGACUAAGUGACACUGCAUUAUACCAAACUGACAUACUGACAAAAGGGUCACUUUGUAAACUAUUUGGCGCAUAACAAAUACAUAGGCCAAGUGUGUAAACUAGUGUAUUCUUCUGCAACUUUUAAAUGAAAAAUACCACGCACUGUUGUGUGUUGUAAAUUCAGAAUUCAGUAAACACAGGUCAAGAUUUCGUAAAUUGUCAAAGACGCCCCCUGCUGGCACUUAGGACACAUUACUGGUACACUCCUUACUGCAUAUAUUCAGGACAUACUUUAUGCUGACUAUUAUGGUUUAAUUUAUUUUAAUAAAUGGUUUUUAAACAGUAUACAGUUGCUGUUGCCUCAUUCGUCGCACUGUAAUAGAUCAAUCAAGUGUGCCCUUUGUCUACUGCACGUUUUACACAUUGAAAGUCAUAUGGGUAUGUACUGUAGAAAAUAAAUUUGCAUACUAUGCACAAUAUGCAUACAGCAUAGAUAAAUUAGUAGUAUGCUA